CCGGAAGCUUCACGCUCUCCGUGCUCUGCACUGCUCAGAGUCCUUCCUGUUUAAGAAAUUUCGAGGAAGCAGAAGCAACUGGACAGUCGCAUAUACUGAUGGAUGCAUCUGAGUGACCUUUGGGAGUGGAGGACCCAUGCUCUCUCAUCUUUGCGCUGCCACACCAGCCCUGUACAUAUUGUGGAUCACUAUGGCCCAGAUAGCUGGCCAGGAGGACAGAGAGAAAACUACUGCACUCAAAGAUUUGCUGUCAAGAAUAGACUUAGAUGAACUGAUGAAGAAAGAUGAACCUCCUUUCACUUUCCCCAAAACACUGGAGGAGUUUGAAUAUGCCUUUAAUGAAUAUGGCCAGCUCAGACAUAUAAAAACAGGAGAGCUCUUUGUAUUUAAUGCCAGAGAGGAUCUCCACCGCUGGAACCAGAAACGCUAUGAAGCUCUUGGAGAGAUCAUCACUCAGUAUGUUUAUGAGCUGUUGGAGAAAAAAUGCAACAUGACUAAAGCAAUCCUGCCAGUGGAUGCUACAGAAGAUGAACCCACCAGUUUUAUCUACCUGAGCCCAGAUGCCAUGUCCAACCCAUCUAAACUGCUGGUGCUGAUCCAGGGCAGUGGCGUGGUGCGGGCCGGUCAGUGGGCCCGUAGACUCAUCAUCAACCAGGACCUGGACUCAGGGACACAAAUCCCCUUCAUCACCAGAGCCAUGGAGGAGGGCUAUGGUGUGAUGGUGCUCAACCCCAACGAGAACUACCUGGAGGUGGAGAAGCCAGCCAUGUCCUCUCCCCUGCCCUCUGCUACUGAACCCUCGGACGAACCUGCUGAAAAGAGGGAACGCAAAGAUGAUAAAGAGGGCAAAAAGAAGAGAGAAUUUUAUGAGAAGUACCGUAACCCACAGAAGGAGACGGAGACCGAACAGAUCCCUAUACGGGAAAAUGGUUCCUCCGAGGAACAUGUGCUGUACGUGUGGGACCACUUUGUGUCCAAAGCAGCAGCCAAGAACAUCUUCAUCAUGGCCCACAGCUACGGAGGGCUGUCUUUCGUUGAGCUGAUGAAUCAGAGGGAAAUGCAGGUGAAGAACAGAGUGUGUGCCGUGGCUCUGACUGACUCGGCUCACAACAUCUGGCUGCAGGAGACCAGCAAAAGCACGCAGGAUUGGAUGCAGCAGCACUGUUGUAACUGGGUAUCGAGUCCAGAGCCCCUGGACACACCACUGGAUCCCAUGCUGCCAGACUGCCCCCAAGUCUCUGCAGGCACAGAGCGGCAUGAGCUGACCUCCUGGGUGAGUUUCAACACCAUCUUCAGGUUCUUCAGUGAGGUCCUGGAGGCGAAAGAGGAUGAGGAGGCGGAGGAGACCUCCAACACUGUCACCACACGCAGCAGUUCCCUCAAAAACAAACACCAAGAUUUGUAGAGGACUGACAAAAAUGACUUGGAACAAGAGGAGCGGGAGGGGAAGGUCCCAG